AUGUCAUCUUCUAUUUCCUCCUCUGUUUCUAAAGGAGAAAAAGAAAAAAUACAUGGAAACAAGGGUAGCAGUGACAAGAGUAAUAAUAACUAUAAUAUUAAUGGUGGCGAUGAUACUUCUUCGUAUCAAGAGUCUAUCCAAUCAUUUGAAGGUAACGGUAAGAAUGAAAGAGCUGCAGAUUUGGAAUUACAAAAUGUUGAUACUCAACUAUCGAGACACAUUACCCAUAUUCUAAGUGAAGAAAACGGGUCACAAAAAAUCGAAUCUUUAGCUCGUGUCUUGUCUACCAAGACCAAGAAACAAUUGGAAAGUUUCGAGGUUAGAGAGGGGCUAGAUUUUGAUUUAAAACAAUUAUUAGAUUAUUUAAGACAGCAUCAAUUGGACCAAGGUAUUAUUCCCGGUGAUUCUGGUGUUGCAUUUAAGGACCUAACAGCCAUUGGUAUCGAUGCUUCUGCUGCUUAUGGUCCAAGUGUGUCGGAAAUGGUCCGAGGAUGGGCUUCUUGGCCUGGGAAAUUGUUUAAUAGAAAAAAUGCAGUUCCCUUGAGAAAGAUUAUCCAAAAUAUGGUUGGUGUUGUUGAAAGUGGGGAGAUGUUAUUUGUUGUUGGUAGACCUGGUGCUGGUUGUUCCACACUGUUAAAAUGUAUCUCUGGUGAGACCGCCGAGUUGGUUUCUGUUGAAGGUGAAUUUUCAUAUGAUGGUUUGGACCAACAUGAAAUGAUGAGUAGAUUUAAGGGGUAUGUCAUCUACUGUCCUGAAUUAGAUUUCCAUUUCCCACGUAUUACGGUCAAGGAGACGAUUGAUUUUGCGUUGAAAUGUAAAACACCACGUAUUAGAGUUGAUGGGAUGUCGAAAACUGAGUAUGUGAAUUCUAUGAGAGAUCUAUGGUGUACUGUUUUUGGGUUGAGACAUACUUAUGCUACCAAUGUUGGUAAUGAUUUUGUUAGAGGUGUUUCUGGUGGUGAACGUAAGAGAGUGUCAUUGGUGGAAGCUUUGGCUAUGAAUGCAUCUAUUUAUUCGUGGGAUAAUGCCACAAGGGGUUUAGAUGCCUCGACUGCGUUGGAAUUUGCUCAAGCUAUCAGAACAGCCACCAACAUGUCUAAUAAUUCUGCCGUUGUUGCUAUUUACCAAGCUGGUGAAAAUAUUUAUACUUUAUUUGAUAAAACCACCGUUUUGUACAACGGUAAACAAAUUUACUUUGGACCAGCGGAAAAGGCGGUUGCUUAUUUUGAGAAGAUGGGGUGGGUCAAACCAUCAAGAAUGACUUCUCCGGAAUUUUUAACAUCCGUGACUGUUGAUUUUGACAAUAGAACCUUAGAAAUUAAACCUGGCUUUGAAGAUAAAGUUGCCAAAAACUCACAAGAGUUUGUUGACUAUUGGUUGAACUCUCCCGACUACCAAGAAGCUUUGCAGAUGUAUGACGAUUAUGUCAGUGCACAUCCAGCUGAUGAAACUAGAAAGAGGUUAGAAGAGGCAACAGCACAAAGGAAGCAGAAAUUUGAGAGUCAAAAAUCGCAAUAUGUUGCCAAUUUCUGGCAGCAAGUGUGGUAUUGUAUGAUAAGAGGGUUUCAAAGAACUAAGGGUGAUAUGACAUAUACCAAAGUGUAUCUAUCUUCGUUUUUGAUUAAAGGUUUAGUUGUCGGUUCUAUGUUUUGGCAGAUUGAUCCCAAAAGUCAGUCUACGACUGAAGGUGCGUAUUCACGUGGUGGUUUGUUAUUUUAUGUUUUAUUAUUUUGUUCUGUCACUUCUUUAGCUGAAAUUGCCAACUCGUUUGCCACAAGGCCUAUUAUUGUCAAGCACAAGACCUAUUCCAUGUACCAUACCUCAGCUGAAUCAUUGCAAGAAAUUUUCACUGAAGCUCCAGUUAAAUUUCUUGCUGUUCUUGUGUUGAGUUUAGUCACAUACUGGAUUCCUAAAUUGAAAUGGGACGCAGGUUCAUAUUUCCAAUACUUACUAUAUCUAUUUACCGUUCAACAAUGUACCUCUUUUAUUUUCAAAUUGGUUGCUACUUUGACUAAGGAUGGUGGAACUGCACAUGCUAUUGGUGGUUUAUGGGUUUUGAUGUUGUGUGUAUAUGCUGGUUUUGUUUUGCCCAUUGGUGAUAUGCAUCAUUGGAUUAGAUGGUUCCAUUACUUGAAUCCAUUGAGUUAUGCGUACGAAUCGUUAAUGUCUACCGAAUUUCAUGGCAGGGAGAUGCUGUGUUCUAGUUUAAUUCCUAGUGGGCCUGGUUAUGAAAAUGUUUCCAUUGACAACCAAAUUUGUAGUGCAACUGGGUCUGUUGCGGGUAGCAAAUAUGUUUCUGGUGACACUUAUAUUUUGAAAGGUUACCAUUACAAGUAUAAACAUGCUUGGAGAGACUGGGGUGUCAACAUUGUUUGGACUUUUGGAUAUAUUGUGAUGAAUGUGAUUAUGAGUGAAUAUGUGAAACCAUUAGCUGGUGGUGGUGAUUUAUUAUUAUACAAGAGGGGACACAUGCCAGAGAUGGGUACUGAAAACGCAGAUGCCAAAGUUGCUAGUAGAGAGGAAAUGAUGGCUGCAUUGAAUGGACCAGAUGUUGAUUUGCACGAAGUUAUUGCUAACAAGGAUGUUUUCACUUGGAAUAACUUGACGUAUAUUAUUCCAUAUGAUGGCUCUACCAGAGUUUUGUUGGACAAUGUUUUCGGUUACGUCAAGCCUGGUAAGAUGACUGCUUUGAUGGGGGAAUCUGGGGCAGGUAAAACCACCUUGUUGAAUACUUUGGCUCAAAGAAUUACCAUGGGUACUAUCAAUGGUGACAUGUUGGUUAACGCCAAACCAUUACCAGCUUCGUUCAAUCGUUCGUGUGGUUAUGUUGCCCAAGCUGAUAACCAUAUGGCCGAAUUAACGGUUAGAGAGUCUUUGAGGUUUGCUGCUGAAUUAAGACAACCAUCCUCUGUUCCAUUAGAAGACAAGUAUGAUUAUGUUGAAAAAAUCAUUUAUUUGUUGGGUAUGCAAAAUUAUGCUGAAGCCUAUGUUGGUAAGACUGGUAGAGGGUUAAAUGUUGAACAAAGGAAAAAGUUGUCUAUUGGUGUGGAGUUAGUGGCAAAACCUUCGUUGUUGUUGUUUUUAGAUGAACCCACCUCCGGUUUGGAUUCGCAAUCUGCAUGGUCUAUUGUCCAAUUUAUGAGAGCCUUGGCCGAUUCUGGACAAUCUAUUUUAUGUACUAUUCACCAACCUUCUGCUACAUUAUUUGAACAAUUUGAUAGAUUAUUGUUGUUGAAAAAGGGUGGUAAGAUGGUUUAUUUUGGGGACAUUGGACCAAAUUCGUCUACUUUAUUAUCUUACUUUGAGCGUCAAUCUGGUGUAAAAUGUGGUGUCUCUGAGAAUCCUGCUGAGUAUAUUUUGAACUGUAUUGGUGCGGGUGCCACUGCUAAUGCUAAUUCUGAUUGGAAUGAAUUGUGGCUUGGAUCUCCAGAAUGUAAAGCAGCUAAACAAGAAGUGGAAGACUUACACGCUAGGCUAUCUGUCAGGCCGGUUACUGAUGAUAAAGAAUUGUCUGGUAGAUUUGCCGCUAGUUAUGUGACUCAGUUAAAGGUUGUUAUGUGGAGAACCAAUUUACAAUUUUGGAGAUCACCAAUUUAUAUUAGAGCCAAAUUCUUAGAAUGUUGUUCUUGUGCUUUGUUUGUUGGUCUAUCAUAUGUUGGUGUGAAUCAUUCUAUUGCGGGAGCUACCGAGGCCUUUUCCUCUAUUUUCAUGUUGUUGUUAAUCGCUGUUGCUAUGAUCAAUCAAUUGCAUGUUUUUGCCUAUGAUUCGAGAGAAUUGUUUGAAGUAAGAGAAGCUGCCUCUAACACAUUCCAUUGGUCUGCCUUAUUAUUAUGUCAUACAGUUAUGGAAACUGCUUGGUCUUCUAUUUGUGAAUUUUUAUGUUACAUCUGUUAUUACUGGCCAGGACAAUUUAGUGGUAGAGCAUCACACGCUGGGUACUUCUUUUUGAUUUAUGUUGUUAUGUUCCCAAUGUAUUUUGUCAGCUAUGGUACAUGGAUUUUAUAUUUUUCACCGGAUGUUCCAUCGGCUUCUAUGAUUAACUCUAACUUGUUUGCAGCAAUGUUGUUAUUCUGUGGUAUUUUACAACCAAGAAAUAAGAUGCCAGGGUUUUGGAGAAGAUUUAUGUACAAUGUUUCGCCAUUCACAUAUGUUGUUCAGUCUUUAGUUGCGCCAUUGGUCCACGGGAAGAAAGUUAUUUGUUCUAAAAAUGAGUUUAAGGUUAUGGAUCCACCCAGUGGUCAGACAUGUGGUGAAUUUUUAGAUACAUACGUGAAUAAUAACACUGGUUAUUUGACCAAUGGCGAUGCGACUGCACAAUGUGAGUAUUGUCCAUAUUCUGUUCAAGAUCAGGUUGUUGAGCAAUAUAAUGUUAAGUGGGAUUACAGAUGGAGAAAUUUUGGGUUUUUGUGGGCUUAUAUUGCUUUCAAUUACUUUGCUAUGUUAAUCUGUUACUAUAUUAUGAGAGUUAAAGUAUGGUCCCUCAAAAGUGUUUUAGAUGUUAAAAAAUGGUGGAGUGGACCAAGAAAGGAAAGACAUGAAGCUGAAAAGAAUAUUUUCAAAGAAAAGCCUGGUGAUAAGGCUAAAGUUGCUUCCCAUAAGGCAUGA